AGUAUGUACUGUGGUGUUUGACGUGUACGUUUGUGGCAGUUGCAACGCGGGCUUUAUGCAUGCACAUAACUAAACAGCUGUGCAGUGUGCAUUGUGUAGUCACGACCGCUUCCUCUUAUAAAAUAGUUAUCGUUUGAAUUUGCUUGUUUACUUCAUUGCUAUUCUUUUUGUAUAUUGCUUUGAGAAGUGUUGCAUAUUUAUUAGAGAAUAUGGCAGAUUUCUUGGACGCUGAAGCUGAGGAAAGUGAGGAGGAGGAAGAGCUUAAUGUAAAUGAACGAAAGAAGCUAAAAAGAUUGAAGGCUAUGCACGAUAGCGAGGAUGAGGAGGAUGAGGACGAAGAUGGAGAAGUUGAUGGGCUUAUUGAUGAUAAUCCAAUUGAAGAAAAUGAUGGGGAAGAUAGUGAUGCAUCAGAUGAUUCCAGAAAACGUAAGAAAAGUGAUGAUGAAGAUUUCGAUGAUCGUUUAGAAGAUGAAGACUAUGACCUAUUAGAAGAAAAUUUAGGAGUUAAAGUUGAAAGGAAACGGAGAUUUAAACGUCUUCGUAGAAUACAAGAUGAAGAAUCAGAUGGUGAGCAAGAGGGAGAGGGAGAUGAUGAAAGAGAUGCAAUUGCUAAUGAAUUGUUUCAAGGCUCUGGAGAAGAUGAUGAUGAAGGGAGAAGUGAAAUUAGUCAUAGCCACAGAGGAGUCGAUGCAGAUGCAAUCGAUGAAGAAGAGAGUGAAGAUGAAGAUGAUUUUAUUGUGGAUGGCGAUGGAGUACCUAUAACUGAGAAGAAAAAGAAGAGGAAGCCCAUCUUCUCUGACGCUGCACUACAAGAAGCUCAAGAUAUUUUUGGUAUCGAUUUCGAUUAUGAUGAGUUUGAAAAAUAUGGAGAAGAUGGAUUUGAAGAAGAAGAAGAAGAGGAAGAGGACGAGUAUCUUCAAGAUGAAACAGAUGAUCGACCGAGACGGUCGAGAAAGCAUAUAAAGAAGAAGAGUACGAAGAAAAGCAUUUUUGAAAUUUAUGAACCCAGCGAACUUAUACGCGGCCAUUUUACCGAUGUGGAUAAUGAGAUUCGAACUACAGACAUUCCUGAACGUAUGCAGUUACGUUCUAUUCCAAUUACACCAACGGCCGAAGGUUCAGAUGAAUUAGAGCUCGAAGCAGAUUGGAUCUACAAACAAGCGUUUUGUCAGGCGACAAUUUCGGUGCAGGAUGGUCAUUUAAAUGAAGAGGCGAAAGAGAGAGCAAAGAAGGGUCCACAGACGAUUGGCAAGAUAAAGAAAGUCCUUGACUUUAUACGUAACCAGAAUUUUGAGGUCCCUUUCAUUUCAUUUUAUAGAAAAGAAUAUGUCCAACCAGAACUGAAUAUCAAUGAUUUAUGGAAAAUAUAUAAAUUUGAUGCGAAGUGGUGUCAGUUAAAACAAAGAAAAGCAAAUUUAUUGAUACUGUUUGAAAAAAUGAGAAACUACCAAUUGGAUGAGAUCAUGAAGAAUCCUGAUGCUCCAUUGCCUGACAAUAUACGAAUAAUUAAAGACGAUGAUAUCGAUCGCCUAAAGAAUAUCCAAACUUUUGAAGAAUUAAACGACAUUUACCGUCACUUCAUGCUUUACUAUAGCCAGGAUGUUCCAGCUAUGCAGGAGGACUUGCGUAAAAAGCGAAUGGAAGAACGUAGAAGAUUCAUAAUUGAGAAGAGACGGCUGCAAAUUGCUCGAGCAGAAGAAAACGGAGAAGAUCUUCCGGAGGAACUACCGGAAAUAGAAGAUAUGGAAGGAGAUAGUGAGGAUACAUUGAAGCAGCCCGUCCGAAGAGGUCCGUAUGCAAUCUGUAGGAAGGCUGGUUUAGAUGGACUUGCUAAAAAAUUUGGUCUCUCUCCCGAGCACUUUGCUGAGAAUCUUAGAGAUAAUUAUCAGCGUCACGAAGUGGAGCAGGAACCUGCGGAGCCUGCUGUAGUGGCUAACGAAUUCAGCUCAGCUGUUUUCAAAACAAGCGAUGAAGUACUCAAGGCUGUGCAAUUAAUGGUUGCAAUUCAAUUAGCGCAUGAACCAUUAGUCCGUAAAUGUGUUAGGGAGAUGUACAUGGAGAGAGCAAAACUAUCUGUGACGCCUACCAAAAAGGGAAUAAAGGUGAUCGACGAAAAUCAUCCACUUUAUACGAUGAAGUAUGUCAAAGAUAAGCCUGUGCGGGACCUUGUUGAAGAUCAGUUCCUAAAACUAAUGAUGGGACAAGAUGAUAAGCUAGUUACAGUGUCGUUCAGCGACGAGAUAGGUGGCAAUACUAGCAGUAACUAUAUCGACGAAAUAAAACAGCUGUACUACAGGGACGAAUUCAGUAAGAGUGUGCAGGACUGGAAUUCUCUGCGAACUGGCAGUGUCGAGAUAGCUUUAAACCGAAUUAUAAUACCGCAAUUGAAAAAGGAACUACGGUCCAAUCUCUUAACGGAGGCGAAAGAUUGCAUUAUGAAAACUUGUUGCCGAAAAAUGUACAACUGGAUAAAAAUUGCUCCGUACUCCUGCGAAUUCCCUGAAGAGAGCGAUGACGAUUGGGACACGAGCAAAGGAAUUCGUGUAAUGGGUCUAGCGUAUGUACCUGAUCAAUCUCAAGCUGCAUUCACCUGCAUAAUCGCUCCAGAUGGAGAAUGCACCGACUACUUGAGAUUGCCGCAUUUAUUGAAACGCAAGAAUAGUUUCAGAGAACAUGAGAAGAUGAUGAAGGAAGCUGAUUUAUUAGCUAUUAAGAAUUUUAUUGCCACGAAAAAGCCACACGUUGUGGUCGUAAGCGGUGAAUCCAGAGAUGCAUUAAUGAUAAUGGCAGACAUAAGAGAAUGUAUCAGUAAUCUAAUGAUAGAUGAGCAGUUUCCUCCGAUCCAGGUAGAGAUAUGUGAUAGUGAAUUAAGUACUGUUUAUUCAAACAGUAACCGAGGCGUUGCAGAAUUCAGAGAUUAUCCAGAUCUGCUGAGGCAAGCCAUAUCAUUGGCUAGAAGACUACAAGAUCCAUUGUUAGAGUUCUCACAAUUAUGUACUAUAGAUGAAGAAAUAUUGUGCCUUAAAUAUCAUCCUUUGCAAGAUCAACUACCUAAAGAGGAUCUCAUAGAGAAUUUAUAUCUAGAGUUUAUAAAUUGCGUGAAUGAAGUGGGUGUAGAUUUAAACAGAGCAGUUCAACAGCCUUACACCGCGAACUUAGUACAAUUUGUAUGUGGUCUAGGGGCAAGGAAAAGUCAGUCUCUGAUAAAGAUUCUAAAGCAAACUAAUCAGAGAUUGGAGAACAGGACACAACUUAUAACAGCCUGUCACAUGGGUCCUAAAGUAUUCGUUAACUGUGCUGGUUUUAUUAAGAUAGAUACAAAUAGUUUAGGGGACAGUACAGAGGCAUACGUAGAAGUAUUGGAUGGUUCCCGUGUGCAUCCAGAGACAUACGAAUGGGCUAGAAAAAUGGCAGUAGAUGCUUUAGAGUACGACGAUGAAGAUGCGAAUCCUGCUGGUGCCUUGGAGGAAAUCCUUGAAUCGCCAGAAAGAUUAAAGGAUCUAGAUUUAGACGCGUUUGCUGAGGAACUGGAAAGACAGGGCUUUGGGAACAAAUGCGUAACUCUUUACGACAUAAGGUCCGAACUGAAUUCUAGGUACAAAGACCUUCGAGUACCUUAUCAGACUCCGAAUGCAGAAAAGUUGUUUGAUAUCUUGACCAAAGAAACCCCUGAAACAUUUUUCGUUGGUAAAUUAAUUUUGGCGACGGUGGUUGGAAUAAGUCAUAGAAAACCGCAAGGUGAUCAACUGGACCAGGCGAAUCCGGUUAGAAACGAUGAGACUGGCCUAUGGCAGUGUCCAUUCUGUUUGAAAAAUGACUUCCCAGAACUUUCUGAGGUGUGGAAUCACUUUGAUGCAGGUGCUUGCCCUGGAAAAGCAACUGGUGUGCGUUUGAGAUUGGAUAAUGGUAUAUCCGGUUAUAUUCACAUAAAGAAUUUGUCUGACAAGCAUGUUAAUAAUCCAGAAGAGAGGGUACACGUUGGUCAAGUGAUACAUUGUCGCAUAAUUAAAAUUGAGGUGGAGCGAUUUGGCGUGGAAUGUACAAGUAAAACUAGCGACCUCGCGGAUAAAAAUCGUGAUUGGAGACCUCAGAAAGAUGUUUACUAUGACACAGAGGCAGAAGAAAGAGAUAGGAAGGUUGAAGACGAUGCUAAGAAAGCGCAACAGAGGCAAACUUAUGUGAAACGCGUUAUAAUUCAUCCUAGUUUCCAUAAUGUAAGCUUUGCAGAGGCUGAGAAGUUGAUGCAAUCAAUGAAACAGGGAGAAACAAUAAUACGACCAAGUAGCAAAGGAUCUGACCACUUGACAGUAACGUGGAAAGUUACAGAAAAGAUUUAUCAGCACAUCGAUGUGAGGGAAGAGGGCAAAGAGAAUACAUUCUCUUUAGGUCGUAGUCUGUGGAUCGGGAACGAAGAGUUUGAGGAUUUAGAUGAAAUUAUUGCAAGACAUGUGAAUCCGAUGGCAGCAUAUGCUUCUGAACUCUUAGAUUUUAAGUACUUCAAACCAGCAUUAGAAGGCAUCAAGGAUAAGGCCGAGGAAAUGAUAAAAGAGCAGAAAAAGCAAAACCCUGGUGGAAUACCGUACAUUGUAUCCGCAGCGAAGAAUUAUCCUGGAAAAUUUUUGCUUUCAUACCUUCCACGUACUCGUUGUCGUCACGAAUACGUUUCUAUAACGCCUGAUGGAUUUAAAUUUCGAGGUCACACAUUCAGCAGAAUUAAUGACUUGUUCAGGUGGUUCAAGGAACAUUUCAGGGAUCCUAUACCAGGUCAAGUUACACCUGGUACACCGCAUGGAGCUACGACUUCUAGAACCCCGUACACUAGUACUCCAGCAAUUAGUGGAGUAAAUGCGGAUGCAGUGCAGAGAGUUGCACAAACCAUGCCACAUCAUAUGCUGCAUAAUCUCUCAAAAGUGGCCAGUCAAACUCCACAUUAUCCACCGCAUACUCCAGGAGCCGCAAGCGUGAAUAACUAUGGAAUGUUCACACCAUAUACACCUUCGGGUCAGACACCAUUCAUGACUCCAUAUCAUACUCCGCAUCAUACGCCUCACCAUCCUCAGACACCGAACAAUGCUAAAGCUUCAUUUUUGCAACCAAUUCCUCCUGCAACGAACACUAAUCCUCAUAGGCCAGCAAAGUCUCAGAGACCCAGUUCUGAUGCGUAUGAAGAAACUAAUUGGUCCGAAGCCGCUGAAGCUUGGGCGCGCGCAAAACAAACUACUUCCAAAGAACCAAAUAUUAUUUCAAGAUACGACGAUACUAAGAAAACGCCACGGACUCAAGAACUCCAAAACGAUAGAUCAACUCCAAGGAACAGAACACCGUCAGGACGGACACCGUCAUAUAAAUCUCCUAGAGGAACUCCAUUUACAAACUCUAGUCCCCAGAGUAUGUCCCUAAGCGGAGAUGGUACCCCUUUGUAUGAUGAAAGUUGGGAUUAGCUAGGACAAUUAAAUAUCCGAAAUUAUACUUUCUUUUACGAACAAAAGAAUGAGUAAGACUAGGAUGAAUGAUUCUUGUUUUUUCCCAGUGGCAUGGAUCAAUUUUUUCCGCUGGGAGGUAUUUAUUGCGAGUACAAAUUAUACAUUCUUUUUCUAGAACCUUUACCAGACUUUGUAUUACGAAUAUUCAACGAUGCUCGAUAGAAAAAUAUUUAAGUUACCCUAGCUAACGAGAGCGUCUCGAGCAACGACAUUUUAAUAUAUAGAAUAUCUAUUUCAGUUAAAUGCAACACCAUCCUUUUGGUGUAAAAGCACACAUUAUUCUGUUCUCCAUAUUUUUGUAAUAUUUAACGUAUCCUACCUCAGUGAAAAUACAUUUUUAAACAACAAUUAUAAAGAAUGCGUCUGCCACAUGUUUGCUCAAGACAUAUUACCAGAUAGUUUCAAAAAAAGAAAACCAUGAUAAAGAUACUGCCAAUAGGCCAAUACACAAUUAUCAAGAAGUAAGCAUAAGUUUUACUUGUAUAAGUAACAGUUUUAUACAGAAAUAUUACCAUAUGCAACUUUGA